AAUAGGUCUUUGUUUUGUUUAGAAAGCAGCAGUUCAAUCCGAGAAGCUUUCAUCAAGAUAGCCGAAUGGGAGUGGUUCAACAGGACUGUUCUUGGAUUCAUCAUCUUGAAUUGCAUCUUGCUUGUCUUGGACGAUCCCAGAAUCUUCUACACUCGACUAGGUGACUGCAGCUCGUGGUCAAACGUCCAGCCACUGUUACAAGUGACUGAGUACUUGUUCACAUGCUUGUUCUCCAUGGAAAUGGUUAUCAAGAUCAUUGCUAGGGGAUUUGUUUUGCACAAGCAUGCGUACCUGAGAGAUCCAUGGAACUGGAUUGAUUUCGUAGUCGUUAUUUGCAGUUUGAUCAGUUUAGUCCCUGGGCUCAUUCAGAAUGUGACUGUUCUGAGAGUUGCAAGGAUAUUGAGGCCAUUGAGGACCAUGACAAGGAUUAAGGGCAUGCAACCCUUGAUCAAGACUGUAAUCAGCUCACUUCGUGCUUUGACGAACGUUGUGUUGCUGCUGGCCUUCAUGAUGACUGUAUUCGGAAUUCUCGCGCUUGAAUUGGCUGCUGGACAGUUAAGGGGUCGAUGCUAUGUCGAUCCCACUCCAGGAGCGAAUAACUUUUCUGAAUCUGCCCGCACCAUUCUCAUGAGCCAACAGAUACCAUACAUUGCAGAAGCAUACAAUAUGAUAGGCAGUUACAAUGCAGGUAUCUCUUUCUGCAAUUCUCUAAACCCUUGUCCUCAAUUCGCCAUCGAUGGGGUAUAUUACAAUUCGGUGUGCAGCUUCAAGAAGUGGUGUUACCAUGAUUGGUGCUCCGAGUGGAACAACAACCCUUUCUAUGAGGUUGACAACUUUUUAGAAUGCUUGGUGGUACUGUGGGAAACAUUGACUCUAGAAGGCUGGACAACAGAUUUGUUGUACAAUUACCAAGCAAGUUGGGGAGAUUGGUCCGCAAGAAUCUAUUUUGUGAUGUGGGUAUUGGUCGGAACAUUCUUUGUUCUGCAGCUUGCGCUAGCGGUCUUGUCGGAUGCAUACCUUCAAGCAGUAGAGGAAGAGAAAUCUGAAAAAGAAAUGGAAGCCCUCCACGAAGAAGCAAUCUUGAAGCCAAACGAUGUAAUGCUUGUGGUGUUCAAUUCAUUCUUUGUGAACUUGAUCACUGUUGCCAUCAUUUGCAAUUCUAUUUUGUGCGGCGAUGACUUGUCUCAGUGUCCUGACUUUCCUACUUCCCUCAACGCAGUAUUGGACAACGUGAACCUAUCGCUAACCAUCAUUUUUGUGAUUGAGAUGGUUUUGAAGUGGAUUGCGUUAGGCUUCAAGCAGUAUUUCAGUGAUGGGUUCAACGUUUUUGACUGCUUUGUUGUGAUUGCAAGCACGGUCGAGCUCAUUAUCGGAGCGCUGAGCACUUCAGGUUCAAACGGCUCAUCUUUAUCAGCCCUCCGAGGUUUGAGAAUUCUAAGGCUUCUUAGGCUGGCAAAAUCGUGGGAAGAAAUGAGGCGGAUCAUGACCUCAUUGGGGAGAGCGAUCAGUUCUCUCGGCCCUGUCACCAUCUUCUGGGUUAUGUUCAUGUACAUGUUUGCCUUGCUUGCCAUGCAAUUUUUUGGAGGGAACUUGAAGUAUAACAAGACGGAUUCCCCACGUAGCAACUUCGAUUCAUUUGUCCCGUCGGAAUUGGGACACGGGUCCUUCUUCAUCGUGUUUCAAAUCAUAUCGACUGAAAACUGGAAUACGAUCAUGUACAACUCGAUGACAGCCGUUGGAUCUAGCAGCCCAUGGAAUUGCUUGCUGACAAUUUUCAUAGUGGCGUUUGGAAACUACAUCGUGAUGAAUCUUUUCAUCUCGAUAUUGUUGCAGGGAUUUGGUGAAACUGACGGUGAAGAAGGCGGAAAGAAAGAAAACAAAUCCUUAGCCUCAAAAAUGGCUGCUGGAUUCCGAAAAAUACUCGCGAAUGUAACAAAGAAGGCCAAGGAAAUGCCGAGGCGUCUGAGUACCGAGUUCCAACAGAAAUUGAGGGCGACGUCGGCUGAAACGCAGGAAGCACUAGCAUUUGCAGCGUCGAUUCGAAUCCAUCCGGAGGCGACUUCAGAUGGCGAGAGUGAGGAUCCCAACCUGUUUAUGAGCAUUCGGUUCUUCGGGAAGAACAGAAAGCUGAAGAUUGCAAAUCAUCGAUCUUUCUUCAUUCUCCCUAGGAAGCACCCUGUGAGGGUGUUUGUGGCAUUCUGCAUUCAGAAUCCCAUCUUUGAGACGUUCAUUCUGUUGUGCAUCUUGAUAACCAGCGUGACGUUGCUCAUCGACGCUCCAGGCCGCACAGUGAAUAUUCCUCCCUGUUGUUCGAUUGCCUACGAGAAUAACAUCUUGAGCACAAUGGACGUUGUUUUUACCUUGGUUUUCUUCUCUGAGAUGAUUCUGAAGCUCAUUGUGGACGGUCUCUUGUUCCACCAGUAUGCCUACCUCAGAGACUCGUGGAAUUGUUUGGAUUGUUUCGUUGUCGUGAUUUCAAUGCUCAGCUCAUUUGGAAGCGCCGCUUCUGCGAAGUCGUUCAAAGUUCUCAGGGCCCUGAGAGCUUUGAGACCACUUCGGGUGAUCAAACGAAACAAAUCUUUGAAGAUAGCAGUAGUUUGCUUGCUAUCAAGUAUUCCCGCGAUGAUGAAUGUCAUGGUGGUUGUUUUGUUCUGGUUCGUCAUCUAUGCCAUGCUUGGUGUGCAGUUCUUCCGUGGCAAGUUGUACAGGUUUGUAAACUCUCCUCCCGACUCUCCUCUCCUGAAAAACAAGCCAGACGGAACCUCUCCCACCUCCUCUGGCGUGUGGUUGGACAAGGAUUAUUCCUUCGACAACCUGGCUGAAGCUCUCUCGACUCUGUUUCAGAUGUCAACCACAGAGGGGUGGAUGGAUGUCAUGUCGGCAGCCGUGGACGUCGUUGAGGUCGGGGUGACACCGAUACCGAAUCAGAAUCCUUGGUUCUCUCUUUACUGCGUCGUGCACAUCAUCCUAGGAGCGUUUAUCCUCCUCAACCUGAUUGUGGCAGAGGUGAUCAAGAACUACAUUCGGAUCAAGAGCAUGAACGACGGGAUCACUCCGUUUCUCACCCCUGAACAACAGGAGUGGAAGGAGAUGCGCAGGGCGAUAUCCAGCCUGAAGCCUCUCAAACGACGGGAGGGCCCAUCGAACAAGUUUCGGAGCUUCUUCUACCAUCUCAUCAAUCACGCCUGGUUCGAAUACUUCAUCACCUUCUCCAUCUGUGCCAACGUCAUCGUCAUGUUGAUGAACACUUACAAUCAAGAUGAAUGCGUGGUGGCAAUAAUCUUCUGGAUUAACUUCUCGUUCUCUUGCGUGUUUGUCACAGAGGCUGUCUUGAAGCUGAUUGGGCUGGGCCCCAAGUGGUACUUCACAGACAAGUGGAACAUCUUGGACUUCCUGGUUGUGCUGAUCUCCGUCUCAACCCUCUCCAUCGACGUGUCUUUCCCGGGUUUGAAACCGCUGAGAGCGCUGCGAAUCGUGAGGGUGUUCCGGCUCGUCAGGAGAUCCAAAGGAAUCCGCCAAAUGAUCGUCACUCUGCUCGAGUCCAUGCCCUCCCUGUGGAAUAUUGGAGUAGUCCUCUUCCUCUCCCUCAUCAUCUUUGCGGUGAUGGGAGUCAAUCUCUUCUACAACGUGAACACCGGACAAGAUGUGUACGGCCGAAUGUCGGACCUCGCCAGCUACAGCUCUCUUGACAGCGCCAUCUUCCUCUUGUUCCGGCAGACGACGGGCGAGGCCUGGAACGGCAUCAUGUUCUACUGCAUGGAGUACAAAGCUUGCAGCAAGUGUUAUGGUCCUUACUUGGGGGACGGCUGCGGCAAUCAGUGGGAAGGAAUCAUCUUUCAUGUGAUGUGGCAAAUCCUCGGAGCCUACGUCCUAGUCCAGCUGUUCACAGCUGUCAUCAUCGAGAACUUUGCCGAGCUCUCCAAGGAAGAAUCAUCCGUGCUGCCCAUGGACAAGCUUCAAGAAUUCGUGGAGGUCUGGAUGGAACUAGACCCCGGGGCGAAGGGGAGGAUAUCCGUGACCCUCGUGCCCGAACUCAUCAAGAAGCUGAGUCCUCCGCUGGGGCUGAAGAGGGAGCACAUCACCGAGCCGAUGCUGAUCAAGGUGAGGAGAGGGAGAGAGCAGCGGCGAGGGAGGAGGAGGGUGAGGUGA